UUUUUUUUUUUUUUUCUUUGAGACGGAGUCUCGCUCUGUCACCCAGGCUGGAGUGCAGUGGCGCAAUCUCGGCUCACUGCAAGCUCCGCCUCCCGGGUUCACGCCAUUCUCCUGCCUCAGCCUCUCCGAGUAGCUGGGACUACAGGCGCCCGCCACCAUGCCCGGCUAAUUUUUUUUGUAUUUUUAGUAGAGAUGGGGUUUCACCGUGGUCUCGAUCUCCUGACCUCGUGAUCCGCCCACCUCGGCCUCCCAAAGUGCUGGGAUUACAAGUGUGAGGCCACCGCGCCCGGCCUUUUUUUUUUUUUUGAGACAAAGUCUCACUCUGUUGCCCAGGCUGGAGUGCAAAUGGCUCGAUCUUGGUUCACUGCAACCUCUGCCUCCCAGGUUCAAGCAAUUCUCCUGCCUCAGCCUCCCGAGUAGCUGGGACUACAGGCGUGUGCCACCAUGCCCGGCUAAUUCUUGUAUUCUUAGUAGAGACGGAGUUUCUCCAUGUUGGCCAGACUGGUCUCGAACUCCUGACCUCAGGUGAUCUGACCGCCUUGGCCUCCCAAAGUGCUGAGAUUACAGUUGUGAGCCACUGUGCAUGGCCAGAACUUUAUAAUAAUUAAAAGAGACUUGAAGCUGGGUGUGAUGGUGCACACCUGAAGUCCCAGCUACUCGAGAGGCCAAGGCAGAAGGAUCACCUUGAGGCCAGGAGUUUAAGGCCAGCCUGGGCAACAUAGCAAAACCUAGUCCCUAAAAUUUAAAAAAAAAAAAGGAAAAUAAAGGAGACUUGAGAUUUUUGAACUAAAUAGUGGUGAUGGCUACACAUUGCGAAUGUAAUUAAUACCACUGAGUUAAACACUUAAGAUGGUUAAAAUGGCAAAUUUUAUGUUAUAGCUAUUUUACUACAAUAAAAAGUAUAAAAAAGAGACAAGAUAUUUAGGUGACUUACAGCAACCAAUUGCAACAAAACAAAAUGUUAAGAAAUGAUCUUUUUAUGAGGCAAUUGGAAAUUUGAACAGUAAUCAACUAUAGGAUGAUUGGAAUUAUUAAUUUUGUAAAGGUGUGAUACUGCACUUGGCUGGGCACAGUGGCACAUGCCUGUAAUCCCAGCUACUUGGGAGGCUGAGGUGGGAGAAUCACUUGAGUUCAGGGGUUUGAGACCAGCCUGGGCAACAUGGUGAAAUCCCCAUCUUUACAAAAACAAACAAACCAAAAACAUAUUGCAUUUGUGUUGUAAGUAUAGUGGAAUAUUUAUGGGAUAUUUAGGAUAAAUGAUAUAGGCAUUUGGGAUUUGCUGCAAACUGACCCAGAGGCAGGGGUCAGGGGGAGAGGUAGAGAUGAGACAAGAGGUAGAGGGGAGAGGUAGAGGUAGCCACGAGCUGAUAAUUACAGACGAGAGAUGGGGAGUAUGUGGGGGCUCAUUAUCCUGCAUAGUCUAGCUUUAUGUAUCUUUGAACUUUUCCAAAAAAAAAAAAAAAAAAAAGUAUACGUGGCCUGGUCCUACCAGAGACUCACCCAAUGCCAGCCUCCAGCCAGGGAGAGCUAAGUUUGCAUUUUCACACGCAUCUCACACUCCUCUGCACUCUCAACUUGGAGAGCUCCAAACAGGGAAACCCCAAGCCUUGCUGGCUUCUGCCAACCCCCUGAGCAGAAGCAUGGGUCCCCAUGAUCACCACGUCACCACCCUCAUCCUGAUCUCGCUGGAGACUCCCUUUCCUGGUCUGCUAAGUAGCCGGUGUUUUUCCUUGACACUGACGCUACAGCUAGACCACAGUCCGCUUGGCAAUGGGCAUCUUCCCAGACACUGGCGUUACCGCUAGACCAAGGAGCCCUCUGGUGGCCCUGUCUGGGCAUAACAGAAGGCUCGCACUCUUGUCUUCUGGUCACUCCUCACUAUGUCCCCUGUCCCCUCAGCUCCUAUCUCUGUAUGGCCUGGUUUUUCCUAGGUUAUGAUUGUAGAGCGAGGAUUAUUAUAAUAUUGGAAUAAAGAGUAAUUGCUACCA